CAGUUUAAACCGCCGGAUGUGACGUUUGGACAAGCCUGUUUAGUCGUUUUUUCGGUUGGUUUUCAGGUGUUAAAAACUUCGGGGAUAUAUUGCGUCUUUCUGGCGAUUUAAUCGGCGUUUCUAAGAUGAAUUUGCAUGUGUGUUAACGUUUUAAAUAUCUCCUUAAUAUAUCUGUGUAAAAGUCGUUAUGGUGGUGAUGCUAGCGCCGAACGGAGCUGCUACCUGCCGUUUACUGUUGGGGAAUGUCCACCAACAUAUUUAAAGAAAAUGAAGAGAAAAGUAGCCAGAUUAAGACUGAGCCCUAAUGAAGAGGCUCGGAUAGUAAGAGAGGAGCAUGAAAGAAGGAGAAAACUACGAAUACAGCAGGUUCGGGAGCAGCAGCGGUACAUUGCGCUGCAGAUCCGCCAGGCAGUUGAGCAGAGGCGGCAGCGUGAGCUGGAACAGCUGGCGGAGGAACUGAGGCAGGACUGGGAGCGACAGCAGAAGGAGAAACUUGACACACUGCAGAGAUUAUACCAGGAGAGCCUCCAGCUUCUCGGUCAGGGACACAGGAGUGCAGCAGAAAAUGAACCUGACUUGGCAGCCAUUGCUCAGAGAGAGGAGGAAAAUCAUGCCAAAGCAGAGGAGCGUUACAGAGAAGCCCUUAAAGAACUGAAAUCACAGAGGCUUAAAGACCACGAGAGGCAGAGCCGAUCCAUCAAUGCCAGGAAAAAGGCACUACAAGCAGAAAAGGAAAGAUCGGCAAAAGUGGCCAGCCUCCCACCGCCUCCCCCUAACCCCAUUCAGAACAUCGAUUCCAAGAAGCCACAUGUGGUAAAGAAAACUGAUGUGAGUGCCUACGCUGCCACGCAUUACCACAUGCCUGAGAGCGCAGUGGACAGAGACUUAGACACACAGCAGCUUAAUGCCCAUGAGGAAGCUGAGCUGGAGGUGAGAAGACUGCAGGACUUACAGAGGGAGGAAAAGAGGAGGAGAGAGGAGCAGCUUGAGAAGGCUCGCCUCAGAGGGAAGCAGGCUCUAAGAAGGGAACAGCUCAUGCAGGACCGUGAGCGCUUGCUUGUUGAAUUGGAGCACAUGCAGCAGACAGACCUGCUGAGGAGGAGACAGCAGGUGUCACAGAUGCCUCCUCAGAUCUUUCAGCCUCUCUAUAAGAGACAGGAGAUGAGGGAGGAUUUCCAGAGGGAAAUGGAGUUUGCCUUUGAGGACAUGUAUACCGGAGAGAGGAGAGUUAAAGGUGACCUGGUGGUUCAGCUGGUACCCGAGCCUCUGCCAGCUCUGUCCACAGACAGCCAGGACCAGGAGCUGGACAUCACACUGGAUGAAAUCACCACACCAGGAACAGAAAACACACAACAUGAUGCUGAGCAAGAAGCCACAACCACUGGGCAGGAAACAUCUGCUCAAGUGGAACCCUCCAGACCUGCUCCUAGACGGGCGUUGAAGAAACUCCUGGACCGUAUCAGAAGCCAGAGGAACCAUUGGAGUGAGCACAGCAGUCACGUCCCUGCAGCUGAUUCACCAACUGUCUUCACCGAUCAGAUCCCAGAGCGGGACACAUCCAUCGAGACAGGAUCUCUGACCAGCGAGGAGAAGGACAAACUGGGCCCCAAGCCCCCUGAAUCUGCCCAAUCGCCACCGGCAUUGGAGACAACAGAGCAGUCAACUGCAGCAGAUACUCGUCUUCCUGAUGUGCUCGCCAGCAGAAUCCAAGAAUUUGAAGACGAACGAAAGAAAAGGGAAGAGGAGCUGGAGAGGGAGAAGCAGCAGCAGCUGGUUUUGCUCCAGGAGCUGGAAGAGCAGAAGGCCAAACUGGAGCAGAUGCUGCUUGAGGCUCAGCAAGAGAGAGAACAUUUGAAAGCUGCUGUGACCCAGGAAGUGCCUAUUACCCAACAAGACUUACCUGUCCGUGAUCAGGACAUCACACCUGUCACUCAUAGUCUAGUCACUGAGCUGGAGCCUCCUGCUGGUGAAGAUGACCACACCAGAAGAAUCAUUGAAUACCAACAACGGCUGCUGGAACAAAAUAGAAUUCACCAGAGGUCAGUGGAGGUGGCUCGCCAGCGCCUGGAGGAAUACCAGCGAGCUCUGCGAAUUCGUUACAACAUGACCUCCACAUCGUUGCUGCCUCCUGUCAUGCCUCCAGACCUCAGCCGUCCACCUCUCCACAGUACUCAGCCUGUGAGUCUUCCAACUCCUCUACAACUCCCUGCACCUCCUGCAGUGCCAUCAUACAUUCAUAAUAAACCACAAAGCUCUGUGGAAGUUCCCACAAGAGAGUCAGACGUGCUGGCUUCACCUCCCCGUCUUCCUGGCUCCACUUCGAGCCUCAGCCCCAAGUUGCUGCAAGAUGAAGUGGAAUUUAGAGCAGACUGUUCCAAGAGCCAGAGACCAGACAUCACUUCCUGGCUGAAUAAAAGCAUAAUGGGGAGAGUAACUGAGCACCUUCCAGAGAGAGUGAGACCCUCCUUUCUCACCACAGAGCCGCUGCCUGUCAAGCUGUCCACAACACAUCACUCAACCACCAUCCCACUCGAGCCAACCUCUGAUCCCAACCAAGCCGUUAGCACGAGCAUCACAGAUGGUGCACCUCUGGCUCCAGGUCAUGCAGCAAUUAGGCCCAGGACCAUGCCACAUAGCUCCCUGCAGACGGUGUCCCUGAGCUCCACAGGGGAUGACACAGAGAGACAGAGGCGAGAGCUGCAGGAGGUCCAGAGACGGGUGAUGGAGCAGAGGGAGGCAGUGAUGCUGCAGCAGAGACAGCAAGAAGAGGAGAGACAGAGACAGGAAGAGCAACGACAGAGACAGGAAGUGGAGAUGGAGCAGAUGAGGCGGCAAAAGGAGACGUUGCAGGCUCUUAUUCAUACUGAUGCACAACCAGUUCCAGAAGCUGUCAGUGAAGCGUUGGUUUCAGAGAACAUUGAUCAGACUCGCCUCAGAUUGCUUGUGUCCCUGCUGAAAGCUAUAGAGGAAUCAAACGGAGGAACUUUAUCACACCUACAAGACCCUCAGGAGAAAGAUGGCUCUCCUCCACCAUCUAGCAGUGGUGAAACAGAGCCCAUAAACCAGACCAACAUUCCUGUUGGACCUGCCCCAGCGUCAGUCCUCCCCUCUGGACUUCUCCCACACCCUCGAGCAGUGAAGCCCCCAGUGACCCGUGUCAGGCUUGGAAUCAUGGAUAUGAUGACUGAGCAGCAUGAACUCAGUGCCAUUCAAGAGGUGGAGACACCAGUUAACACCAGCCAGGUCACAGGCCUGGAGGAGGAUAGCAUGACGUUUCCUUCACACACUGUAGACUGGGAUCGGCAGGAGGCAUCAGAUUCCUCUGUGGCCUCAGACAGGAGUCUUCUUACACCCUCCGUGUCCAGCAGUGGGCAGCGGACCGCUGAAAGACCAGCCGGCUCUGGGACAAGCUCCAGCUCGAGAUCCAGUCAGCUCAUCUGGAGAGAGAGGCUGCUGAUGGGGGCAGGAUCAUCUCCAGAAUCUUCAGAGUCUGAUUCAGUCCUGAGAAGAUUCUCACAGCCUUCCUCUGACUCUGGGAGGGGAGCCGACUACUCUGGUCCUGCAAUCACAACCUACAGAUCCCCCACAGAGUCCCCCCAUAGGCCUCCUGAUUCUGAUUUCCUCUCGUCUACCACCAUCUCGACCGGCAGCUACAUCACCACUGAUCCUGAGCAAAACUUAGACACUGACAAAUCCCCAUCUGUCAGACAUUGUGAGGAACAAGGACAAGCAGCACAUUUACUUGACGUUUCCUCUCCAUCUGGUCAAAGCUCCUGUAUUAAGGACAGCUCAGCUUCAGGCCGUGCUGGUGUGGCUGUAGACUCUCUGUUUAAUGACAGCAACAUCCAGCACAUUAUAAACAAAUACACAAGGGAGCUUAACAUCUCCCUCAGCACCGCUGGCAAAACCACAGACAGUGAAGGCUCAUAUAUGGAGGAACCUGGAUCAUCACAUUCCCAGCAGUCUUUGGUUCAAGCCUCGCAGAGGAGAGUGGAGGACAAAGGCGCUGCAGCUCGUCGGUCUCUCACCUCAGACACAGUCCAUCCAAUCCUGGAGCACUUCUCAGGCGAGGAUCCAUCACAGUCUGAGCAUCCAGAGCAGGACUCUUUCAGGCCUCUGAUUGGCCAGCUGACAGACCAGUCAUCAUGUCUCACUGCCGACCAGAGGGAGUCAGCCAUGGAGCAACUGGUCGGUCACCCAUCGGCUCACUCGUCCAUGAUUGGUCAACUUCCAGGUCUUCCGGUUUUAGUGAGCUCGGAUCAAAGGGGAUGGGAUUCCACUCUGAGUCGGAUGAUUGAUCGACUCUCCCAUCAGUCCAGCUCUUAUUGGCUCAGUGGUGGGCAGGACUUUUAUGCAGGUCAGCUGAUGGGCCAGAUGGCGGUGGAGCAGUCGACCACAUGGUUGAAUGAAAGCCAGGAGGAGAGCCGGAUGAUGCCGCUGGUUGGGGAGCUGGAUAUUGAUCAGCACAGUGGAAACUCAGGUGAAAGUACCCACGUGGAUCUUGGUGUCAUAACUGAGGUCAGUUUACCGUCAUACCCAGCAUUGCCUCCUGAAGCGUCAUCACACAGUGCCACUAUCCCAGGUGUGAGUCCACAUCCAGAGGAGCAGCUGAGCCAAACCAGUCCAGUGGACCUGGGCCCAGAGAGGACAGAAGUUUUUCCAGGCUCUGACUCAUUCCACCCACUACUGGCUGAGGUCACCCACAAUGAAACGGCUGACCCCUCCAUGACCUUUCACCUGCUUGAACACAAAGUGCCUAACUCUCCCGAAGGACGGACAGCUGGCGAGGAGCGCAGUGUUUCCACAUCUUCAGAAGAGUCUGAGACCCACGCUCAGUCCUCCGAGUCUGAACCAUCACCUGAGCGACUUCGAACAGAGAAGCCUGCCUUACACGAAUCUUCCCCGUGCCAGCCCCAUGAAUCUGUCCUCGUGUUGGAAGACACCAUGAGAACUGAUGUGGAGAUCACAACUCUGAGUAUGUCACAUUUAACCAUGUGUGACGAGACAGCAGCUCCAGGCAUGCCGCAGCCAGCACGAGGGGCUGCAGAAAGGAGCUGCAUUUCUGAAAGAUCUCCAGAUUCAGUCUCAUUCAGUGACCUUUGUGCCAAAGAACUGAAGCCCGAGCCAGGUUCAGACCUGAAGAAUGAUAUUCCUGCCUCAGAUAAGAUAUUGGAAGCAGCCAGUGAGAAGGGGAUCCUGGAGCAGUCAGAGAUAACACUUGUGAGCCUGACAGAUACCACACUGCAGGACCAAGAGACCACCAUCACUGAGGAAAAGGGACUUUGGGAAGACAAGCAUCCAGAUGGGGUGAGGGAUGAAGGACAGAAAGACCAAGAGACGGAGGAGUCAGAAUCCACAUUACCAGAGGAGAUGCUAGAGAAGGACCAAAUGCACCCAGUGAUGUUCCUGGAUUUUCAGUGGGGUGCUAGCAGAGGUCUGCAGGAGGUCAACCAGCAGAAGCGCAACGCUCUGCUCCAGAGAUCAUCCCGCAGGGUGGAAGACAUCAAGGCCAAAGGGGCUCUUGCCAAGAUUCAUUCUAAGAUCCAAGCUCCGUCUGAAGGCAGAGAGCAGUCUAAAGCUGAGGAAUCUCAACUAGCUGCCUGUAAGGCAAAGACUAAAUCAGAACCUCAGCAUAAGACUAAUAAGAAGUCAAAGGGAGGACAGGUGGAGCAGCAGCAAACCACUGAGAAAUCUGGCUUCAACAAGCAAAAAAAGCCCCAGUUUCCCCCUCCAGUGAGUGAUUCUAGGCUGCAAAAGGUGGGUGAAGUGAGGAUCUGCACUCCAGAGCAAAGGAAACAGGAUGUUUCUGAGAUGCACCAGAGAACUCAGAGACUGUAUGAGCAGCUGGAGGAAGUGAAGCUUCAGAAAACGAUCAGGAGCAGACAGGAAGCUUAUGCAAAAAACAGACUGAAGGCCAAGGAGUUCCACAAGAAAACUUUACAGAAGCUUCGUGCCAAGCAGACUCGGCAGUGACUGACUUUGAAUGUGUUCUAGUUUUACUUUUGUAAACUUAAGUUAAUUUGUAAAGUUUUAUCAAUAAAGCAUUUAAGUUAUUUGAAUCUA